AUGUCGUGUAUGUCAGUAUGUUAGCACUCUUAAUGUGAAACCCCGCAUUGGAACCACCGAACGAUUUUACUGCCAGAGGAAGUCUCAAAAUUGAUUACAAGUUUUUUAUUGGUUAAAAUCAAAUCAUCUUUUGUACAAUCCAUGUGUAGUUUGACUGCACAGUAGUAUGUCGUUGUAUUUACCUCAGGAUAAUAUACCUCACAAAGGAGAUAAUAUACAUACAGCUUAUCAUUCAUUGCUAUAUAUGAACAUACGGCACACAGACUUACAGUAAGCUCGGAUCAAACAAGAAUCAGAGUGCAUGUGAGUUGGCAGUCACGUGAGCUUGGUUAGCUGUUCUUAAUGCUUUCCCAACAUUAUCAUGUAUUCUAUUUGAGUUAAAACAUAGUUGGAACAUUCAUCAAAUAUGUGUUAUCUAGAGCAUGAAAUGUCACCCGUAACAAUGUGUGAUUGCCAACCCUCAUCAACUCUCAUCCUCGUUUCACCGGGGCUUUAAAGUGUUUUAAUUUUAAAACACAAAACAAAAGACAUUCAGUAAAUACGAACUUAAAUUUCAAGAUUUUCUGUUUCAGAAGAACACUACUGAGGUGCAAUCGCAAGAUGCAGACCAAGGACACAAAGGUAUUUUGAAAUUUAUUAUGGUAUAAUUUCAACACAUGCAUGUAGAAACCAAAUUCUAUUGCGAGUGAUGCAUGUGUGUACUCUACAUUCUAUUAGGUUCUGAAAUUAUUGUUAAGACGAUCAUCAAACAGGAAAAGAAUUUGGCAAUUGAAAAUCCUGAUAGGAGUUCAGUUCAUUCAAAUGAAAAUGGAAAACGGAAAGAAAUUCGUCAGGUAAGUCUCUUUUCUAACCAGGUGAAGAACCUCCUGCGGAGGAGGGCUAGUGACAGAUUUUAACCCGCGAAUUUUAGGGCGGGUGAAACGUAGGCCUGUUUUCAGGCUACCGAUUUACUUUUCCUUUUUUUUUUGGUGAAAUCAAAAUAUGUUUUUGUCGUCACCAUUGCCAUUCUCUAUAAACUUGGACGCUGGUAUAAAUAAGUGAUCAUUAGUAUGUUAUAUGUCGUGUGCAAAGGGUGUGGUUGCCCACUGUCUAAGGUCCAGGAGUUAGUAUGAGGGAGUGAGACCAAAGUACCUGAAGAAAAAUCCUGGACGCACUAGCGAGACCAAACCACAACCCCACUUACUUUUCAAGCACAUCAAGUCAGAGCAUAGCCUCCGUAACGCAGAUUCACCAUGUGAUUGGUUGAUCAUAACAAUAAAAGACAAUGAACUAUAGAAAAUCAUCUUUCUAAAGAACGAGUCAUAAACACUGAACACUAUUGUUUCAUGAAACAUGCAAUGACAAAACACGAUCAUUUUAGGUUGAUAUUUCCCUGGAGACCACCCCAUAUAUGGUAUGACGGCAGUGGUAGAAUAACUACAUUAUGUCGAACUUUUCAGUUGACAACUUAGCUCAUCUAACACACUGGAAAAAAAAUUGAAAAUCUAUAGAAUGGAAAUUAUGUGGACCUUUAUUGGAAAAAGAAUGGAUUUUUAAUUAUGGAUAAUAAUUGUAUAUUUGCAUGUUAUGGAUAUAGUAUCAAAAUGGUAUGGAUAUACUAUGGAUUUAGUAGUGCAAUUGCAAUUCUCGUAGUAUGGAUUUCACAGUGACACUUACUUUUCAGCGUCAUCGAAUUGAAACGCUGCUUUUCACCCGUUUUUGUGUUGGAGACAAUCACUUGCGCCAAGCAUUCCGUGUAGAUUAUAAUUUUACACUCUUUUCUGUGUAAAAUACAGGCAAUACCGUGUUUUAUGCCAUUAUGAGCAAACUUAAUUUGUUCUACGUUUUGUUUCUUAGACGGUUACAGUGCCAAAGAAAACUGAAAUAAAGCCAGCUGGUGAGAAAAUAGUUGAAUAGAUUAUUGCACCUUGUUUUAUUUUCCAUUUUGGCGAAGUCUCAAAUUGUAUAUAUUAUUCUAGUAUUUAUUUAUAACAAGUUGUUUUGAUUCGUGUUAUUGUAGACACUAUAAAAGACAGUCCAAAUUCUACAAAAGAGCAUAAACAUUUGAAAACUGUAAAGGAUGUUACUCAAACACCAAACGUUUUGAAACCGUCGCUGAAAAUACCAGGUUAGUCUUCAUCAUUACCCUCUGGUCCAUAGAGGAUCAUAAUUACCCUGGGUAUUCUUGGGUUUCAUAUGACGUCACAAAAGUGACGGGGCAUCAACUCUAAAACAAAACACAGUUAUCAGAGUGAGUCGAUUGUUCGUUUUAUGUAUUAGCCUUGUGUUUGGUGGCAAAUACAUGGAAUUUCGUAUCAUUUUCUCACUCCAGUACAGCAUAAGCAUCAAUACAUUUGAGGUUGAGCCCCCGUCGGAUUCACUGCAUAAUGCCGUGGUGAAACCCAAGAUGGAUCUUGUAUAUAUGGCACUAUAGAUGUCCUAUUAUCGUAUCUAACCGCCUUUUCAAGGCAGAUUUGUAAAAGAGUAUAAAUAAAAAGAUGUAACAUGUAAUUUUAAGAGUGCACUAAUCUGUAAAUAUCAUGAUAGAGUUAUCUGGGUUGCUUUAAUGUUUGAAAACGUUUCAAAGAGAAAUGUCCCCCCAUACAUUUGAUUUCUUAGUAGGCGGCUUUCUAUUUCUAACAAUUGUUUAACUUGUUUACGUUUUAAGCUGAUUUACAUAUUUGUUAUUUAGAUUCAGCAGCCGAGAGACAUCGUAUCAAAACCUACAUGUUAGUUCCCUCCUACCAUGGUUUUAAAGUGAGUUUACUGAUAAGUUCGUUUUGUUGUUUGCUACUUUACUUUUACCGCAAAAAAAUUUGACUCAAAACUUGGGUUCGUACACUCACAGUGACUCAAAAAGUUACUUUCAAACUUUCCAACUAAAAUAAAUUGCUCAUAAAUUUGAAUAAUUUUGAGUAAAUGUGCUCAUUAUUUUGAGUAAUUUUACUCGAAAUUUUGCGUCAGUGUGAGUGCAUCAUCAUUUUACUCAAAACUUCGACUGUUUUUAAGGAUUUUUCUCCUAUCGUACUUGGAUCAAGAACUCGAAGCAGGAAAACAGAACCAGUUAAAACAGAAAAAGGUACUGGGAUACUUUUACUUUUUAUCUGAAAUCAUCCGCACCUCGCAGAUCCUGUCCUUGCAUAACAACGAGCAGUAAUACCAUCCAAUCACGUCCCAGUGAUCGUCUCAUUGUCUUUUCAUUGUUUUAAAACUCCUGCUGUUCUUCUUCUUGCCAUCCAGUCAUCAAUUGUUUUGAUUUACAUUAGCGUUUAUGCAAGGGAUCUAUACAACAACCAUAAUACUUUGCGGAAGGUUGGGACUUCAAACUUGGAACAAGUUUAGAACAAAAAAAAAUUAGAACUAGCAGGCUUUCGGAGUUUUCAAUUGAGUAUUCCCCUUCCUUGCUCCAACUUAUGGUCACAUAGUAAAUCAGCUACAGUAUCACCAAAACCGCGGAUCCUUCCUGGUAUUCCGAAACUGUAAUAAAACCGACCGGCAGAGAUGCUGAAACUUUUGAAAAAUCUUUGAUUUAAAUUUCCUGGUUGACGCGAGCAGCUCGCGCCUCAUUUCCGGUUUUAUUGUUGACCGGUAAAUAAUUGUUUCAUUGUGGACCGGUUGGCCACUCACCAAAGCAUGCAGUGAAUGUCAUGUUUUGUGGACCGGCACGUGAUACCGCUUUGUCCAAUCGGCAAACAGGAAAAUUGAACUUUGACACUUUAUUAAUUUCUUUCAAUGAUAUUUACCACAGAAGACGACGUUCCCGUAACGAAACCCCCAGAGAAAAGCGAGAAAGAUAUUCCAUUGUUAGUCAUUGAGACAGUUGGGAAGAAAGCUGUCAAACAAGACGUGGUAGCCAAGAAUGAACAGUUGAGAGAUUUCGUCAAAAACAGUAUUCUCAAACAAGGAAUGUUGAAGCAAGAAUUGGAGGUAAAAAGUUUAAAACAGACCCAUAGUCAUACGUGAUAAUUUAUGAGUCAAGACCAAUUUGUUUCUAACUACAACAUCUGAUAAGAGAACAGUUCUCUGAAUAAAACAAGUCUGUUGUCAUCUGCACUGUCUACGCAUCAGUAGCUAAUAAAAUUUGAGAUGUCCAGGGCAAGUCCAGUUUUAUCCAUUUUGAAAAAAUGUAGAAAGUGGUACGAAGUGCAAUCUCCAUGCAUUUUGUAACGUACUGUACGAUCGUCUUGCAACCUAGGAAAUUGGAGAAAAUAAUAAUACUGUAGAGGCCCGUAGUAUGUAGUUUGUUGAUAGACAAUUUGCUGGUCGUAAUGUUGUAUUGCUAGUUCCUAUCGGUGAUUGUCUAACCAAUAUUUAUUUUUAGCUCAACGAGAAAAACGAGGACGCGGAACAAUUUGAAAACCGAGGUAUGGUGGUCAUUGUGCGACGUUUUUUAAUGUGGUUUUUCUAUACGUGAAAUACACUAUAGAGAGGACAUACUUCCAUUUCUCUAUAAUUUUUAACAUUUUCCCCUUUUUUCCCCAUGCAGAAAAACGAAAUUUGUCGGUGAAUAGAAACACUGGUGAAACAGUUCUGCACAAAGCUUCUCGAAUGGGUUACGAUGUGAGUUUUAUUGACAUUUGUAUUUAUAUAAUAAUAUUAAGAAUUCAAGCUCUUUCAUUGGUCGAGAGCCAUGAUCUAUUAGAGGACAGACGGACGGAAUUACGUCACAAUUAAGGUAGUCAAUAGCAUUCCCUUAUUUGUAUAGAUCAUGCAUGUACGCGUGAUGUUUGUAAAAUUUCGACUUUUUCAAAUUUCCAAAUGUUUGGGUGGAUAUAAAGUAAGCUAUUUACCUGUUUAAUUCGGGGAUUUUCUUUUUAUUAUAUGAAACAAAUAGAUAAGAUUUUGCUGUUGUCUGCUCAGUUAUAGAUAUACAGUAUGACGUCAUAAUGUUGGAAGAACAAAAAAGUGACCCACUCGCCUCGGCGGCACUUUUUUGUUCUUCAAACAUGAAGUCAUACUGUAUAUCUAUAACUGAACAGACAACAGCAAAAUCUUAUCUAUUUGUUAAAUACCAAUUACGCCGUAAAGCCGUUAAAUAACGCCGCAAGUUAGUGUUUUAACGGACAAGCGUUCACGUUUAACAGCUGCAUAUUAUUACUAUAAUUAUUAUUACUACAUAUUAUUAUUUAAUAUUUACUAUUAUUAUUAUUACUACAUAUUAUUAUUGCUAUUAUUAUUACUACAUAUUAUUAUUACUAUUAUUAUUUCUACAUAUUAUUAUUAUAUUACUACUACAUCUAAGUGCCCUCUUUCCCAGAUAAAUCAAUGAGAAAAUGCUCUCGUGGAAAUGGGCAAUAAUGGAAAAAAUGGGCAAUGGGCAAUAAGGGAAAUAUUAAAUUUCUCGCAAAAGAAAAAAUUGAGGCGAACGAAUGUUAAUUUCAUUGUAGGCUCAUAUAAAGCUUUAUAUGAGCGACACUUGUUGUGGGGGUGGAGUGUCCCUUUAAGAAGCAUUUUGCUUUCCUAAUUUUACAUUGUUUCGUACGCCACUGCGUCUGUAACAGUGUAGAUUAUAACGGUCGGAUAAUAGUGCGGUUCAAAUUUGACUUCCACUACCGCUACCGCUACCAUUAAGGGACCAUUAACCAAUCAGACGCGUUUGAUACAUUCAAUUAACCAAUCAGAUGCGUAUUAAGCCAGUGAGAGGUAAUGGUUGCGAUAGUGGAAGUCAAAACUGAACCUCUCUAUUUGCGGAACAAGAAUACUAAAUCGCCGAUUAAUUGUGUUCUGUACGGACAUGUUGACAGAUGAGAUAGAAUACGAAGUUUUCAUUUAAAUUAAAUAUUCUGCAAAAAAAUGCUAGAAAAAGAACACAAAACAUUUUCUUGACUUCGCUGUGACGGGCACCAGACAUGCAGAAAGUUCAAAGACAAUAGGGGACAAAAGUUAUGUAUGGUCAUGUGAGACGUGAUCAGCACGACAAAUCAAUGUAAAUAUUGAAAAGCUAGCUGACCAUUAUUUGCCAAUGUCCGAGAAAAUACACACUUGAGCGGACAUAUGUAAGAUCCAAGCGAUAUUGUUAUAAUCCAGACUGAUCUGUAAGGUAUUUGUUAGUAUUUUACGGUUGGUUUUAGUGUCAGGCGUUAAGGAUUAAGAGUGAAGACAUAUCUACUUGCACGACCCUGUCAGAUCGAUGGUUUAUUGUGUGUAUUUGUAGGAGACAGUAUAUCACUGUAUUCAACAAGGUAGUGACAGUAAUGCUAAAGACAAUGCAGGAUGGACGCCAUUACACGAAGCCUGUUCUCGUGGUCAUUCUGAUGUUGUUAGGGUUCUAGUCAAGUACAAUGCAGAUGUUAAUGCUUGCUCAAAUGAUGGAAUUAGGUACGACAGUACGGUAUAUAAACUCGCCAUUUUUCACUGUUGUUUUUCAUAUUACUAGAGCUGCUCGAGGAUUAAUCGACAUUUUCUGUAAUCGAUUAUUUUAUUUUAAACAAUAAUCAGUUCAUAUACAACAACGUUCAGAUACUGUAGAGAAACUCGCAACUUGUAAAUUUACUAAUUUACUGUAGCUUCAAAACUGAGAACACUAAUAAUUUUUCAACAAGUAAGUUUGAUGAUUUAGAAAGGCAAACUACGGUUCAAAAUUGACUUCCACUACAGCUACCAUUAAGGGACCAUUAACCAAUCAGGUGCGUUUGAUAUAUUCAAUUAACCAGUGGUAGUGAUAGGAAGUCAAAUCUGAACCUCGCUAUUUGUGGAACAAUAGCACUAAAUGGCCGAUUAAUUGUAUUAUGUACGGACAUGUUGGUAGAUCAGUAAAGUACGAAGUUUUCAUUUAAAUUAAAUAUUCUGAAAAAAACAUGCAAGAAAAAGAACACAAAACAUUUUUUUGACUUCGUUGUGACGGGCAACAAAAGUCAACUCGCAAGUUGUAAAUUCACUAAUUUAGCUUCAAAACUGAAAACACUCGUAAUUUUUCAAUAAGUAAGUUUGAUGAUCUAGAAAGGCAAACUGCGGUUCAAAAUUGACUUCCACUACAGCUACCAUUAAGCACGGUUAAUAGCAUUAAGGGACCAUUAACCAAUCAGGUGCGUUUGAUAUAUUCAAACCAGUCGUUUUCUCAUGUUUCGAUCCUUACUGUACUUCCCGUCUCUUAAUCGAAACUAAAACGCUGUCUAGGAUCAAACAAAUUUCAUAAGCUAUAGCAGAGUUGUAGACUCGAGUCGCAACUUUUGUGACCUGGGACUUGACAAUCAGAUUAACGACUUGUGACUUGACUUAGACUUGUAAGAAAUGACUUGUUACCAGCGCAGGUCAAACGUAAAGUCGUAAAAUGUCUAGUGAAAAUUAACUUUUGUACAAAUUGCACUGGAAAUUCAUUAAUACAUACACAGUGACUAGUGCAGCCAGAUUCACAUACGGCACUAUGACCAGUUUAUGUGCGGAAUCAUUUGCGACUUGUCUUUGUCACAGACAAAUGAGUUGUGACUUGACUUGCUACUUGGAUCAAAUGACUUCUGACUUGGACUUGCAAGAAAUUACUUGUACUGUAUCUUGACGUGACUAAGACUUGUUGACAACUCUGCACUAUAGCGAUUGUUGACAACCAAUAACCAAUAUUGGCACAGCUCUAUGUGAUCUUUCAUCCUUAAAAUCGUAAAAAAGUGACACUGCCAAGUAUUGUUGCAAUAUUUCAAUUGUUUAAUUUAUUUUCAGACCUAUUCAUGAUGCAGCCGACAACGGGAAAAUUGAUUCACUUCGAUUAUUGAUGGCUUACGAUGCUGAUCCUUUUAUCUCCACGUACUCAGGUCGUUCUGUUGUUGAUUGUGCCAAACGUACUGAAGCGAAGGACUAUAUCAAAGGUCAGUGAAAUAUACUGUUAUCAUAACCAAGGUGUGGUUCGUUGUGGGUGUGUAGCAUAACAAUUAAGUUGAACUGCAUUACAUGUUACAUAUUGAUAGUAACAUUGUAUUACGUGCAGAAACAGAACAUGUAGGAAUAUCAAAUUAAACAAUUCACAUCCUACCAAAGUUUGGGAAGUUAAAAUUCAGGUGAUAUGUUUUACCAAAUAAGAUCUGUCACUGUAUUUUACGUAUCUCAUUGGUUGACAAUGGUGUAAAACUUGUAAAUGUAAGAGCUCCUCGUAAACUGAGUAUUCCAAGAAAAUAUACAGUAGGCUUUCAUUUCCAAAGUUAAAGAAAAUUGAAAAUCUGGUUAUCUUUAAUUCUUAAUUAAAGAUAACCAGAUAACCUUUAAUUCUGGUUAUCUUCAGGCCCACACUGGUGAAUUGAUCAUAAUGUAACUGGAACCUGAUAGUUUUAGAGAAAAUAAUCGAAUAUAAAAUAAAUGCUUGUAUUGAUUGCAUUUGCAUGAUAAUCAUAACACUAUUGAUGGCUUUGAUAUAAUUACUAUUUGUGGCUUUCUUUUAUCCAGCAUGUAUUGGUGAUUUAUAUCUGAACGACGAAAGAAAUACCGUCGCCGGCGUUGAUCACGAGGUGAGGAUAUCACGAAAUAUAAUAUUUAGUGUUUGUGAGCGUUUUUCAGCUCUUGAAAGGUAAAUCACACUCUUAUUUUGCUUUUUAGAACCGUUGGGAUUUUCGUGGCUCCAGUUCUAUCCUAGGUAAGUUCAACAAUGUUAUGAUUGAUUACAUCUUCUAACCACUAGACUAUAUAUAGCCUUCUGCACAAGAUUUCAUGUAAAUUAUCUAUAAAGUUAUUAUAUGAAUUGUAUUAUCAUAUCAUUUAUUUCAUUAUGACAUGUAUUUAACUAAUGCUUAUGGUGCUGGAAUCUACUUCUAUAUGUAUCUUGUCCCUUAACAUCCCUUUUGGAAAGAAACCAGAGUAUCCAUAGAGCCUUGGUUGACUCUUCAUAUACGAAUGCCUUGGGUCCGAUUUCAGAGCUACAGUAAAGGCGGUUGUUCUGAUGACUCCGCCACCAAAAACCAUAUUACUGUACUUCGCCAACUGUUAAUAGUCUAUUCAGGCACGUUGGAGUAGGAAGGUUGAUUUACCAAAAGCCAAAACCUAGCAUGAACAUCCAGAACAACCUAAUCAGUACACAUGUUAUCUCUUUGUUGUGAAGAGGUGGUGGGGGCUAAUAAAUUUCUUUCUCGGAAAAGAGGGGCUUAUUUGAGGGGGGGGGGGGGGGGGUUGCUUAAUAGAGAAUUUAUGGUAUUUACAGUUGGGUACUAUAUAAUACGUGAAACGUUUUUGCUGUUGUUGUUUAGACAAAGAUCGCAAAUACUUGGGAGAUAUAUUUGAUAAUGUGCCAAAGCAACAGUCCAACAACUCGGUUGAAUUUGAAUGGAGUGAAACGCCCCAUUUACCAACUUAUAGUCUCCCACUGGUUAAAGAUGGCAUAGUAGUCGGGUAUGUAUGCCAGGCUUUAUUUGUAACGGUGACUAUAUCCCAUUUCAAUAUGUUGCAGUUAUAACCUACAUUUCACUAAGGAUUCAUAUUUUAUUAUUUAUCGGCAGUGUAGUCGAUAUCUCACUUAUAUAUUCAGCAACUUCUUUUACAUUUCCAACAUUUUGCGUCAUUAUCUUUUGCUAGUACUUUUACUGCAUCAAUAUCAAUGAUUUAUUUUACGAUCUUUUUUUCAGGAGAAAAAACUACAUUAUGUUUCAUGACUUACAGGAAGCUCUAAAUAAACCGAGACAAAAUGUCGUCAGAUUGCUAAAACGAACCAAAAUCCGAGAAAUAAACUUGGCAGAAUUUAAAAAAGAAGUGUCUAGCCGUUAUUUCAACAAACUUAGUGAAUGUCCGCCAGCUUCAGAGGAAGGGAAAGUUGAACUUGUUCCAUUAAACUGGACAGUGCGAAGUUUGUUAAAGAUUAAAUGUGAACAGCUGGCUUUAUGAGUAUACACGUCGUGUCAUUGUUGGCCGCCUGAUGCGGAGGAAUGAACCACCAAACCUCGCGUACAUGACGUACUGUACAAUAAUUCGCAUUCCAGUUUGUUACCUUGGUGAUCUCCAUGAUACAAUGGAUGGAAUGAUUGGUAUUUUAACAGCGUGUAAUAUACAUUAUGUAGAUAUUUUGUUAGACCACACAGAAAACGUCAAAAAUGGUCAAAUGUUGUCACUUUGAUGUUCAAUCCAGCGUCAUAUUUAGAGACCGGUAGUUCUUGGUUGUUUGCAGAAACGAAAAGCUUGGUUUUAUUAUUUACAUUCCGUUUUGUUGGAACAUAAAAACAUACGGCGUAUAUUGUAAACGUGCAUAGGGUACUGCAAUGCAAGGUUUGAAACAUCGACCUAUUUACCUCAAAUCAAAGAUUUUUGCGUCUUCUAUACCACGCCAGUAUUUUUGAGCGGCAACUUGUGCCAACCAAGCUAAAGUCUGUAUUCCACUUCGUUCUUCAAUCGUAUUGCAAUAUGCCGUUCGUUUUGUAUUGUGUCAACGCGUUUAGUUCUGUCCACGUGCUCAGGAAAGAAAGCUAUUCACUACAUUUCUGUAUGAUACGGUUGAAGUGGAACAGGUUUAAAGUGCUUAUGCAUUCAAAAUGAUCACAUAAGAUACUUUGGCGAACUAUGUUAGCUUGCUUCGUCUUUUGAGAUAUUUAACAAUUUUUUAUAUGCAAAUUAUUCUCACUAUGACGUCACAUUGCAUAAUGACUUUCUCAAAAAACUUCCAGAUCUUGGGAUAUCGUGCAUCAAAAUCAUAAAAACUGUGCAUAUGUCUUCAGCUAUGUUAACAUACUACAAAUAUAAGUCGUAUAAGCAUAGAAAUAAUAAAUAUAAAAUGCGUACUGCUAUCUUUUCUCAAUAGAAAUAUUGUCUCCACAAAGUGGAGACAUGAUUCGUGAUCAAGUAUACACAUUCUAUAUAUCUAUUAUUUCUAUAUGUAUAAGUCAACGAAUUUUAGCCAACUAUGCUGUUUAGCUACAUAUAAGAGUUUGGCAAAGUAUCUUAUCAGUCAUUUUGAAUUUUCUAUAUACAAUGUAGUGAGAAAAAAAAAGGUGUGAAAUUUCGUUGCAUAAGCACUUUAACAAACCUUACAUCCAGUACUUCUCUGCUUGCAAAUACCACAUUGCUUUGCCUCGCAACUAAUUUUAGGUUGUUUAUUGCGAUUCACUUAGUUUGGGAAUUCUGAAAACUUUGUGCACCAUUAACUUAGCGUGUGAAUUACAUAUACGGGCCACUGUAGUUAUGUGGGCCAGUUCCAUGGCAAUUUUAUGGAUAAAAAAUAUAGAAAUAUAAACUACACGCGUUUAUCAGCUAGACUCUCUAGUGCUAUAAAUGCCUGAAUACUUUGGUUAAAAACGUAAAAACGAUGAGAGUAAGAGGUUGUGUUGAUGAUUAAUUUAUUUAGUAGGGUGAAGCGGUUAAUCGAUAAACCGAAAAAAAACGAUGUUUUUUGAAAACCGAUGUCGUUCUAGACAAAAAAACACGGAAAAAACUGUUUGAAACCCGUCAUACCGCGAUUUUGACAACACCUUGUCAUGGCAUCUUGAGUCAUGAUCUUUCCUAGUGCAUGGUCGGAUGAUCACAAGAUAUAAACACAACAUGUCUUUAUCAAGUGUUUACAUGGUACGAAGGCAGCCGUUUUUUAUAGUCGCGAUAUGAGUGUUGAGUAUCUAGUAUGUGGACUGUUAUAUGCGCUAUGAAAAGUGCACUGUUCAAUUGGAAAUAUACUGGUAUUGAACUGGAAUAUCCUGUGUUGUAAAGAUUAAAGUUUGUUAUUCUUGUGUUCCGUUUUUUUAGAACGGGAAAG